AUGCGAGACCUCCUUACUGUGAUGAUGGAGCCUGUGGCGCGCCAAUUCACUUCGGAUGCGCCAAUCCGUUUUACUACAGUUCGUACACGUCGAGGUUUCGGAGGGAUGAGGGACACAGUUGGCACUGGGUCGGUUUCGAACCAUCAACCGUACAGUCGUAGAGGAUCUCUUACCGAUUGCGCCAACACUGUGAUGAUUAACGAUGAUGGAUUUUCAACAAGUCGAAACGUUCGGCUAAAGCCGGACAUCAGACUUCUUCUGGUGCACGCUUCGCCUGUCUUCACUGAUCAGUAG